AUGUUCAAACUCAUUUGCUUGUUUGUUUUUACAUUAGCAGGAUGUAAUUGCAAAUGCAAUUAAAAUGAAUAUGAUCCAGCUAUCUGUAUUUUAUAGAUAACUGAUUCAAAAUGCUUGUAUGAUGAAUUUCUGAAUCAGUGCAUAGAAACUAGUAAUUAAAAUUUAGGUUGUUCUCAUUAUUUGAAUCGUAAUGCUUGUAUAAAUUAAUUAACGAUUAGUGGAAAUGUUGAGAAGAGAUGCAUAUUUUAAAAUAGAUGUAUAGAUGUUAACAUAUACCAUCUGAAAAAUUUAGGUUGCAGCGAUUCAUUUUCAAAAUAUGCUUGCAUUAAUGUAGUUAAUAAAGAUUGUUUUUGGAAUGGUUCUUAAUGUGAAGAUUCUUAAAAGAUUAUAUUUUCAGAUAAUUCGAAAGAAGAAAUAUAUCCAUACUCUGUUACUCCAUAACUAUGUGCUAAAUAUCAUAAAUAUCCUUGUAUCAAUACAGGACCACAAGGAGAUUAUAAAUGUGUUAUAAUUAAUUAGAUAUAAUUUAAAGAAUUAAAAUGUUCGACCUUGGGUUUAAAUGAAAUAGGAUGUGUUUCAAUUUUGACACGGAAUGAAAUGUGCCUCUUUGAAAAUAAUUAAUGUAAAACCAUAAAUCCUUCACAGAUGAUAGAAUGCUCUUAAAAAAUAAACAAAUUAGCUUGUUUAUCUAUUACAACACCUAAUUUAUUAUGUCAAUGGUAACAAAAUGAAUGCCGUGUUUAUAAAUUUGAUCAAUAAGUUACAUGUCUAGAUAUUGUUGAUGUUAACAUAAAUGUAUGUGCUAAUUAAGAAGGUUUAUGUAUGUUUGAUUAAUUAAAUUACAAAUGUACAUAGUUAAAUUAAAAAUAAUUGGAAUAUUUAAAUUGCGAUACUCCUGGAAUAACAAAAUUUGCUUGUUUAUCCAUCUAAAAUUAAUAUUGUACUUUCAAUUAAGGGUUUUGUCAAACAUUAUCUGAAAAUGAUUUAAGUAAUUAUUAAUGUUAAAUGCAAUUAAAUUAAGCAGCUUGUAUUAAUAUUAAGACAAAAGGUUAAUUAUGUUUAUGGAAUGGAUAAGGUUGUUAAAAUGUAGAAAUUACUUAAGAUUAAGAUUGCAAUAAUUUUGAUCGAUUUUUAGUUAAUGGAAAUGUUUGUUAAGCAAUCAAAAAGCCAUAUGCAAUGUGUAAAUAUGAUGAAAUAACUAAAAUUUGUGUUAAAAGUUCAACAAAUGAUUAUUGUACUACUCCAUAUUUAAAUUUAUAUGGAUGUGUCAGUAUUUCAAGAGAGAAUUAGACUUGUAAAUGGAUAGAUUCAAGCUGUUGA